AUGAUUUAUACUUUUCUACUAAAAUCAAUUUUUAUUUCGUGUGUGUGUGUGUCUAAUCCAAUUAUAAAAAGAUAUUAUUUUAACGUUGAAGAAAACAGAAAAAAAGAUAUUAUUAACGUUAAAAAAUUUUUUUUUAAGAUAAACAAAAUGUGUAUAUAG